UACCUGCAUAAAAAGAGGCAGAGAAAGACACACAGCAGGCACAUCUGCAACAGAGCUGAAACAUCCCAGAGGGGUUCAACACCGACCUCCACCUGCAGAGCUUCAUCUGCCUGCUGCUCCACCCAACUCCUAGACGCUCUCCAACAGUUUACUGCUGGGGCUACAUUAUGGUGAAGCCAGGUGCACUGCUCCUCCUGCUGGCUGUUGCUGCCAGCCAGGCCAACGGUGAUCCGCCAUUUACGGUUGGUUCAUUAGAGACAAGAAUCGUUUGUCCAAUCAGCUUCUAUGGACAUUCAUACAGCUGGGUGCAAGUGUCGUUUAUAAAUUCAGGCCUUGCAGUUUGUUUCAAAGAUAGCCAGAAUGCCACUGCUCUAGACUGUCUGUCGGUGGACAACGGAGUGAAUUCAGACAGAGUCCGUGUGUCUGCAGUCGACGAAUUCAACGGCCCUGGAAGUAUAAUCGUGACAAAUCUGCGAUACAGCAGCUCCACUUCCUACUGCUUUGUUAAAGUAGAAUUCAAAGACGGAAGUAACCUCACGUUGAUUAUGGAGAUCUAUAAUUUUGAUCAACUAUCACCUUUGAAGAUGAGUGCAGACCAAGAUUUUUCUCCUACUAACUUUACCAUAACAACAACAGUUAAUGGCUCAGUUGCAGGGAACUGGACAUUCACUGGAAAGCAAGUGUCUGACAUUGUUUUCCUGGAGACAAGUGGAUGCCGACACUUAGGUACCCCCAUUCAAGCUAAUUCAGCGGUAGUGAUACCAGACAUCUGCACCAACGUGCUCUGUGAUACAUCUGCAGUGGUCAGACCUAACAGUACAUGUCAUGGCCGGGAGGUUUGCCAUGGCAACAACAUAUGCGCUAUACCCAAGGUCGUGUGCACUGUGACUGGCUCCACUGUCAUCGAUUUCUUCAACAAGGACUACUCUAUCCCAGAUCGGUGUCCGUACACAAUUAUUAAGUCUGAACAAAACUCGAGUUUUGAGCUCUUGGCAGUUUUUCGGGAGCGCCGCCGCAAAGAUGUGGCAUUUUUGGACCACUUGAUACUGACGGUGAUUCCACCGGGUGUACCAAUGUUUUUUGAACAAGGUGGAAGAGUUCGGUUUGGUGACCAACCAGUAAUACUCAACGCAACGACUCAGGUGAUUCAUGGUGUGGAGCUCUCCAAGGACCAUACUGGAGUUACUGCCAAGAUACAGUCCACAUCCAUAACAAUCUUUUUUGAUGGCAACACCGCACAUGUGAGAGGUACAGAAAACUACCUGGAAAAAAUAUUUGAUCACUUCUCGCCUUUUUCACAGGUGAUAUAUGAAUGUAAGAAUGACAGCGGUGCUUCCUACAUUGGUUGAUUUGUCUUUAUUUGUCUCCUGACAUCCAACAGGACUUGAAACAGAACGUGUAGUGGGUUUGUGUGGCAACCUCAAUAAUCCCAACAUCACUACAUCCCUGAACGCAGAGAAAACCGCAAAUUUCAGGCGAGCUGGCUACGACAAAAACGAAAAAUCAAUUUUCCUUCAUUUUUU